AUGCCGCUGCUGCGGAGACCCCCGGGGGGGGCGACAGAGGGGGGACAGGAGGACGGGGACCCGUUCGCCACCAACCCCGAGAGUCGCCGCCGGCGCCGCGCCACCCUGGGGGGGCUGCUGGGGGGGCCCUUCGGCCGCGCCCGCCGCCCCCGCGACCCCGCGGGGCCCCGCGGCCGCCGCCGCUCCGAGGACUCGGGGGUCCCGCGGCGACCCCCGGAGGAGGCGGGCGGGGGCAAGCGGGGGUCGCUGCUGCGGCUGGCGCUGGGGACAUGGGGACAGCGCGGUACCGAGAAGGUGUCGCCGGUGGAGGGACAGGCGGGAGACAGCGCGUACGGAGCGGGACAGCGGCCGGAGAGCGGCGGGAAGGACAAGGACAGGGACAGGGAGCCACUGUCGGUGCUGGAGAUCCUGGAGCUGAUCCAGCGCCGGGACCUGGUGGCCGCCGAUGCUCAGAUCAUCGCCCUGGAGGCCGAGUGCUCCCAGUCGCCAUCGCGGCCACCGUCCCCGUGUCCCCCCGGGUCGCCCUCCGCGGGGUCCCCGCCGCCCUCGCCGGUCCCCUCGGGCGGGCGGCGGGCGCGGGACGUGGCUCUGCUGUACCGGGCGCUGCUGGCCCAGCUCUGGGCCGUGGUUGCCGAGGCGGUGGCCGCGGGGCGAGCGGUGGCCCCGCUGCGAGCCGUGGUGGCCGUGCUGGAGCAGGAGGAGGCGGCGGACGCGAGGAGCCCCCCCGGGACCCACCCGGGGCGGCCGCGGGGGCUGCGGCGCCGCUGGCAAGAGGCGGUGGCCAAGGCGGCGAGCGAGCGGCUGGCCCAGGUGGCCCCGGCGGGUGGGUUAGGAGCCCGGCUGGCCGCGCUGGCCGCGAGGGUCGUGGGAGACCUGGGGGUCGUGCGGAGCCACGUGGCCCCCGCGUACCCCCCCGAGUACGGCGCGCUCGGGGUUUAUGCCCGCGGCUACCACCGGGCGCUGGCCCAGCAGCUGCGGGCGCUGGCCCAGAGACCCCUGGCCGUGCCCGACCUGUACCUGCUGCUCGACUGGCACAGCAACGCCUACCCCAGGGAGGUUUUGGGGCACCCCGAGGUGGGGGCUCUGCUGCGGGCACAGGAAUUGGGGCCCCUCCUGCCCCCCGAGACCCAGCGCGACCUCGAGAGCUCCUGCAUCGCUGCUGUCAAGGCCAAGGUGGAGGUGGCCGUGGCGCAGGAGCUGCAGCUCAGCGAGGACUCGUGGCCCGAGGACGUCACCGGCCAGGACAUGGAGGAGGGCCUGGCCACGCGCGUCACUGGGCUGCUGCGGGCCCACGUGGACCGAGCCCCCCAGGUGACCCCCGAGUUCGGGCGGGAGAUGGCCCACAGCCUGCUGGGCGUGCUGGUGGCCUUCCUGCACAGCUUCCAGCGCAAGGUCGAGCGGUUCCUGGAAGCCCCUGGCGACCUCCCCCCCCCGGACGGUGUCCCCGGCCGCGCCAUCGCCUUGGCCAACUGCUGCCCCCCCUUCAGGGCCUUCGCCGAGCGCCUGGCGCAGUUCGGGCACCCCGAGAGCGAGGAGCCGCGGCGCCAGGCCCACGCCGCGCUGGACCGGGUCACCCGCGCCUGCGGCCACGUCCUCACCCGGCGCCUCUUCGAGGACCUCAAGCCGUAUUUUGGGAAGCUGAUGAAGCGGAAGUGGCUGACGAGCUCGGACGCCUUCGACGCCAUCGUGAUGCGCGUCACCAGCUUCGCGCAGACGCUGCGGCCGCUGCACCCCGAGCCACACCAGGUGCUGGUCAGCGAGCUGCACCGCCGGGUGCUCAUCGAGUACGUGCGGCCGCUGCUGCAGGGGCGCCUGCUCUGCGCCUCGGCCAAGGCGCGCGCCCGCGUGGCCGCCAGGCUCGGCGACGAGGCCCGGCAGCUCCGCGAGCUCUUCACGCGCCUGGACUCGGCGUCGCCCUGGCUGGACUCGGUGGUGCCGCGGCUGCGGGAGCUGCUGGUGCUGGAGGACACGGCCGCGCUGCAGAUGGAGGUCGGAGCCCUGGCCAGAGACUUCCCCGAUGUCCGGCGAAGGCACGUGGCCGCGCUGCUGGACGCGCGGGGGCUGCGGGCUCAGGGCCCCCGGCGCGAGAUCCUGGGGGUGCUGCAGGACCUGGAGGGUUCGGAGGCCGAACCGGGGCCCCCCCGGCACCGAACUUUCUUCUCGGAGCUGCCGGCGCCGCGCCCCGUGCGCUGCCUCCCGUUCCACCUGCCCCGGCUGCGCCUUCCCCGCCGCAGCCCCGCCAGGACCCCCCCGUGA